GGCAGAGAACCAACAGUCGCAUAAGGAUAUAAUUCGCUAGAUCCAUCAAUCAAAACUAAUUAAUACGAAACAGAGCUUUUUGUGAAGUGCAAGAAACAGAGCUUUUUGUGAAGUACUACCUUAACGAUGUCUAAUGAAGUAACACGACACAAUAAAAGGAGUAAGAAGGAGGCGUCUCUGUCUCUGUCGUUGUUGCCACUCGAUCUUUCUCUGAACUGCUUAUCCCGCCUCUCGAGAUUGGACAGCGCGGCCUUGUCUCUGACCUCCAAGAGCCACCGCUCUCUCGUGGUUUCCCCUGAGCUCUUCCGCACGCGUGAGCUAAUGGGUUGUACCGAGGAGUACUACUAUGUCUGCUUAAGCAUUCCUCCUGCCCCAACUCCACGCUGGUUAAUCCUCCGCCGUAGAGGGCCUACUCUAGAUGACGCCGCUGUUAACAAGUCAGUGAAUCAGCGGCUGAGACCGAUCCCAUCGCAUCCUUAUCAGCCUCCAGAAUCGUCGUCUUUCGUAAAGCUGGAUUUGGGGAUCUAUGUAAUCGGUGGACUCAUAGACGGAAACCCCACUUCGAGUGUCUUGUUUCUUGAUUGUCUUUCUCACACGUGGAGCCGUAUCCGGUCCAUGAGAGUGGCUCGUGCUUCACCAGCGGCGAACGUGGUCGACGGUAAGAUCUACGUCUUUGGAGGCUGCGAGGAAGUUGAUUCUUCCAACUGGGCAGAGGUGUUCGACCCGAAGACACAAACUUGGGACACCUUGCCAAUGCCUGAGGAUCCGGAGAUUCCAAAGAACACAAGUGUGAUCGACAAAAGUGUGGUGAUGGAAGGUAAAGUUUAUGCCGUGGACGAGAAGGAACAAAGCUUCUACUACCUGCCACGUGAAGGUAUAUGGAGAAGAGGGAAUCAGGAUUCUCAGCGAGGAAACAGAAAAGACUGGUGUGCCAUAGGGAACCUGUUAUACUGUUGUGGUACUCGCGGGAAAAUACUAUGGUGUGAGCCAGCUGAUGAGUUGGAUUGGAAGGAGGUGAAGGGUUUGGAUGUUGUGCAGUGGUGUGUAUUUGCUUUAAAAGCAAACAACUGUGCUAUGGACGAGACUCUCGCGUGGAAGCUCCACAUGACCGAAGAUGGUUUCAGCAGACUGAGCAGCAAUUCUCGAGGGAACCUUGUGGUCUUCCUGAGAGUGCAUAUCCCUCGUACUGAGCGGUUGGAGCUUUGGUGUGCGGAGAUUUCUUUGGAGAGACGCGAGGGAGGCGAUAUUUGGGGGAUAAUUGAAUGGGCCGAUGCUGUCUCUAAACUUAAUCGUUUCUCAUAUAAUGUUAAGGUCUAAUGGCUGGCUAUAGGAUCAAUGAAUCACAUUGCAAGUAAGUUUUUUUUUUUUUUUUCAGGUGCUAUGUUUGGCCAAUCUUCUUUCAUAGGAUUCUGAGAAUUGAUUUAGACAGUAUGUUCUGCUUGCUAAAUAUCAGCCAUCUAUGAAACUUACAUAUGUAUAUCCUAUACGAGAUUAGCAUCAUUAACAGGCUCCUGAAACUUGUAAAAGCAAUGAAGCUGUUCUACAAAAUAAGAGAGGUUCAAAGUAACUUAUAGGCACACUCAAAAGGUUAUGCAGGGCAGUCACGUUCUAGGAAUCUCAACACAUUCAAUUUGAUAUUAAUCUGAAGGCUAAAGAGAUUCCAAAUGUCUAUACGUACUUUUGAAGUUGCAGGAAAUUCGUAGCAGGUAAACGUUCAAGACUUUCAAUUUGUAUCAUUCAACUACAUCUUUUGAUUCCCCCUUUUAGUAAGAACUAUAAAAAGUUGACUUGGAUUAAUGUUUUUUCUUGCCUAAUAAAGUCUUCUUUUUUUUUAUUGGACUAAAACAAAAUUAAGUUUUCUCUGCAUUGGACAGCAAAGUCUUUUACUACUACUAUUCGUCCCGACAAAGGAGCCCACGUUAAACUUGUUUAAUAACCACUACCGAAAAAUGUUA